AUGAAUCUACCCUAAGUAAAAGUGAAAGAUCUUCAACAGAUCGAUACAGCCAGAUUCACAAGAUUCAUUUAAAAUUAAAUGUCUGCCAUGCCUCAUUUAAAUAAUCCAAAAUAAUUAGCUAUUGCCUUAGCAUCCAAGUAUAUUAAACUCAAGGAUUAACCAAAACUAACCUAAUCAGUCAUCCUUGGCAAAGAAGUAAGAAGUAGUGACCAAACCAAGGUUGUGCCAUUGCCCUCCUUAAUAAAAAAUAAUUACAUCUACUUCUUAGGAACUGGUAACAAUCACCAAGUAGUACAAAGAGUUCUAUCGAAACGAAAUGAAUGGAUCUCUACCAACAAUAAGAACGAUACUCUAAUCAAUUUUAGGUGGUAAUAGACACAAAAAGGUUAUCAGUAUGAUAGAUUGCUAUCAGGCAAUAAGGUCAAACAGGCAGUCAACCAUUUUGAAUUUCAUUCAGAGAUAUCAUAAAAGAGCAAUCUUUUUCGAAAUCUCUCGCAAUAUUGUGAAGAAAAUCAAUUAGACAUCUUGAGUUUUGUUCCUGUAACCUUUGUUUUGGAUUUCACUACCGAAAAGGCAGAUAUAUGGUUAUUGCAAUUCCUUCAAUACUAUGAGAACAAUGCUCCCUAAUCCAUUAAAUUGCACGACUCUCAGAAUAAAUUUUAUCUCAUCAGACGUUAACUCAAUACUUACAUGUAGAUCACAGAUAAAAUUAUUUAAAUCAGCAAAUCUAAAAUACCAAGUACGUAUCAAGGACACGAAUACCUCUGGAUAUUGAAGCCAACUCAAUAUAAUCGUGGUAGAGGGAUACAUGUGAUCAAAGAUUUGGAUUAAAUGACUCAUUUGCUUGAUCAAUACAUCUCUGGCAAACAGUAAAUGAAAGAUGGCUAAAUCAUCAAAUCAAAAUAAUUUGUCAUCUAAAAAUAUUUGGAAAAACCAUUAUUAAUUAAUAAUCGCAAAUUUGAUAUCAGAGUAUGGGGAUUACUUAAUUAAGAUCUAGAAUUCUUUUUUUUUGAACAAGGCUACAUCAGGAUGGCAUCUGAAGAAUACACAACCAAAAAUGUAUUAAAUUAAUAUGUGCAUUUAACCAAUAAUGCCAUUCAAAAAUAUAGUCCUAACUAUGGUAAACUAGAAGAUGGUAACCAAUUAUCUUUCGAUCAAGCGGCUACGUAUUUUAAGAGCAAAGGAGACUUCUACAAAUAGAUCGUUGAAAAUAUCAAACAGAUAUCCUUAAAAGCAUUCCAAUCAGUUAGAAAGAAAAUCAAUGUUCUUGGAAGAAGAUAUUGUUUCGAGAUUUUCGGAUUAGAUUUUAUGAUUGAUGACGACUUUAAAGUUUGGCUAAUUGAAAUCAACUCCAAUCCAUGUUUAGAAGAGUCUAGUCUACUGCUCUAAAAACUUAUUCCUCGAAUGCUCGAUGAUGCUUUUUCAUUGACUCUAGAUCAAAUAUUUCCAGUUACUAAAAAGUAGGUUGUCUUUUCUGUUCCGAAUUAUUCAGACAAUCAUAAUAUGUGGCAACGGCUAGGCAAAUUAUAAUGA